GUCUAGAUUGGAACACACUACAAAGUAAACAGGCAACACAUUCCUUGGUAGGAGACCGUUGUUGCAACAAUAACAAUACAGACAAUGUUCACGAUACUGUACAGUUAUGUGUAUGUGCAGAAUUUGAACGUGACUGCAUUAACUGAUCAAGGAGAACGGUUCAUGUUGUACAGGUUCAGGGUGACAUUGCAAAUUGAUACCACCUGCAGGAUUCCCAUACGACUCAUGAAUCUGAAAGAAGCGAUUCAACAGCUGGUUACUAGGGGCGACUGAAGCACUGGAGCUGACGGCCUGGACAGAGGAACAGGUAAUGGUGAGAAAAGAUGUCAGAGCAAAGGCAACGUUCCCUGUCCACCUCAGGAGAGGCCCUCUAUCUGGUCCUGGGCCUCGACAAGACCUGUACACCAGAUGACAUCAAGAAGUCCUACAGAAAACUUGCUUUGAAAUAUCAUCCAGACAAGAACCCAGAGAACCCGAACGCCACAGAUAAAUUCAAGGAGCUCAACAAUGCCCACUCCGUGCUGUCAGAUGCCUCCAAGAGGAACAUCUACGACAGCUAUGGCUCCCUCGGUCUGUACGUGGCACAGCAGUUUGGAGAGGAGAAUGUCAAUGCUUAUUUCAUGCUCUCCAGUUGGUGGGCAAAGGGUCUGUUUGCGGUCUGCGGCGUGCUAACAGGCUGCUACUUCUGCUGCUGCCUGUGCUGCUGUUUCAACUGCUGCUGUGGGAAGUGUAAACCCAAAACUCCUGGAGAGGAGGACCCCGACACCUACGUGUCCCCUGAAGACCUGGAGGAGCAGAUCCGCACAGACAUGGAGACAGACGCUGACGACGUCCCCAUAAUACAGCAGCCAACCAAUGCAAGCGAGAGGACCGGGUUGAUUGGUGACGGACGACGGGCCUAUACCUAACACAACUGAGAAGAAAGAUCGGAGGACUGGUGAUGUCAUAGGGAUUCCAGAACUGGCUUUAAAUACGUGUAUUUGAUUAUUUGUUAUUUGAAUACUUAUUUUCAAUGUAUUUUAGUAUUUUCAAAUAAUGUGGCCCGAAUCAACUACAACUAAGUAUUUGAAAGUGUUUUCAAAUAAUUUCCUAUAAAUAGCCUACUAUUUAACUUGCUUCAAAAACAAUUUUCAAAUACCUGGUUUAAACGCAUGGGAGUGUAUUUCAGUCAUUUUAUUUCAGUAUUUUCAAAUACAUUACAAUAUUCAACUACUUGUCUUUUCAAAUAAGACAUAUCUACUUACUUCCAAAUGUAUUUGAAAGUAAUUUAAACACCCUAAAUAGUAUUUGAAACAAGGUCUGAGGGGAUUCAUUCCUUGACCUGGUAGAUCCCAAAAGGGUUCCAAUUACAUUCCACCCCUUGACUACACUUUGUAAAUUCUGAAUGAGUGUUAGUUUGUGCGCAUUGUGUUUUGUGUUUGUUUGUUAUUUAUUCUGAACAAAAUACAAAGUAUCCCUAGAAUUGUGCAUUUAAAAGUGUGGCUGUGAAAGAAUUGAGAGAUGUCAGUAUUUUGUCAUGUGAGCAAUAAAGACUGCCCUUUUUGAAAUGUUACUUUAGCA